UAUCUAAUGAUGAUAGAGUGCUCAAUGAUUAUAAAGCAUUUGAUAAUUAUGAAGCGUUUGAUAAUUAUGAAAUGUUUAAUAAUUAUGAAAAUGAAGUAUUUAGUAAUUAUGAAAUAUCCAAUGAUUAUGAAGAAUCUGAUAGCUAUGAAACAACAGAUAAUGAAUAUUCAAGUAACAAAUUAGUUGCUUCUAAGGAAUCUGCAUUUAAAAAAAAACAGAUUCAUGGAAUGAACUCAAAAACUAUUUUAGAAAAA